AUGAUCAACACGAACGAAACGGAAAACAGUAAUCGCUCCUCUCUCGAUUCAUCCUCUAUGGUUCAGGGAAGAGGAAUGAAUAUCAACAACAACAACACGAAUCAUCACAAGCAAACAAUAUUUUCCAAAUUGAAAUUAGAGAGUCCGAAAAGUGGAGGAUCCAACUACUUUAUAAUACGAUUUUUAUUGGAUUCCAUGAUGGUAUUGAUUUGGAUUAUUUGGACUGGAGCACAUAUGAAAAGUAUCGUACAGGAGUUGUGUCCUCCGUAUUAUAAGGAUGAAUAUUGCUCGGCACAGAGUAGUGCAGCCUUUGCUUCGCAACUGUGGUAUUUCUUUGUGUUAGUUCCUUUGGCAUUGGUUUAUAUAUUUUUCAUUGCUAUGAUCAGAAAGAAGGCAAAACGAAAUCAAAAGUUUUCACACUACUUGACUUGGAGCCUAUUUGUCUUGAUUGUUCACAUCUAUUUUUGCGUCUUGUUUGGAUUACAUGGAUCCAAUGUGGGUCUUAGUUUUGCAUACUUUGGAUUGGCCGGUAUUUUUAUUGGAAUCAUUCCAGACAUCUUUUUCAUUUGGAGAUUUUCACGAAUUCGUCGUGAGCAAAAAUUGAAGGAAGAUUCCGAGUAUCAUUUAUUCUUCUCGACAAGACAUCAAGAUUUGAUUGCAACGAAUGUUAUUUAA